CUCGGUGUUGCGGGCUGUGCGUUCCGGGCUCGGUGCUGCUGGCUGUGCGUUCCGGGUUGCGGGCUCCGCGCUGAGGGUUCCGGGCUGCGGGCAGAGGGUGAAGAAUUGUUUAGAUAGAGGAAAGGAAGUUGACUGCCCAAAACUGAGCCCGUGAGAAACAGGAGCUGGAUGACCGCGGUCAGAUCUCGAUUUCUCUGUGUAGCCCCAGCUGUCCUGGAACUCACUCUGUAGACCAGGCUGGCUUGGAACUCAGAAAUCCGCCUGUCUCUGCCUCCCAAGUGCUGGGAUUACAGGCGAGCGCCACCACUGCCCGGCUCCAUUUGGACUGUUAAAGAAACAAAUGCCAAGAUAGAAUUAGCUUCACAAGAGGCUUAUUGGGGACCUUGCUGUGACCACUGAAGGAAGAGCCUGAAGACUGCAAUGCCCUUUGACCCCUGCGAAAGGAGGGUUUCGAGGAAGGAGCGCCAUCCUGCAGCUGCUCUGGUGGAGCCCAGUGCAGAGGGGAACUCUGCUCCUCAGUCUACUUGUCCACCAGUGUUCCUCUUAGGUUUGAGGGAGACAGUCUGAUCUCCCGGAGUUAGAGCCAGUCCAGAAACCAUUGCUGUUUCAAAAAUGUUGGAGGAAGAUAUGGAAGUGGCCAUCAAGAUGGUGGUGGUGGGAAACGGGGCGGUUGGAAAGUCCAGCAUGAUCCAGCGCUACUGCAAAGGCGUCUUCACAAAGGACUACAAGAAAACCAUCGGUGUUGACUUUUUGGAGCGACAGAUUCAAGUUAACGGUGAAGACGUGCGGCUAAUGUUAUGGGACACUGCCGGUCAAGAGGAGUUUGAUGCAAUCACAAAGGCCUACUAUCGAGGAGCCCAGGCUUGUGUGCUCGUGUUUUCUACCACAGACAGGGAAUCUUUUGAAGCAAUUUCCAGCUGGAGAGAAAAAGUAGUAGCGGAAGUUGGAGAUAUACCAACCGCACUUGUACAGAACAAGAUCGACCUGCUGGAUGAUUCGUGUAUCAAAAAUGAGGAAGCCGAGGGACUGGCCAAGCGGCUAAAGCUGAGAUUCUACAGGACGUCCGUGAAGGAGGAUCUGAACGUGAACGAAGUUUUUAAAUAUUUGGCUGAGAAACACCUACAAAAACUCAAACAGCAGAUAACCGAAGAUCCAGAACAGACACAUUCCAGUAGUAACAAAAUUGGUGUCUUUAAUGCAUCCGUUGGAAGUCACUUGGGCCAGAAUUCAAGUUCCCUUAAUGGCGGAGAUGUCAUCAACCUUAGACCUAACAAACAAAGGACCAAGAAAACCAGAAAUCCUUUCAGCAGCUGUAGCAUACCCUAAACUGUUGUAGGGAGGAGGAGGCUGAAUUGCACCGUGCAGUUAACGGCACCAUGUGUGGGGUGUGUCCCGCGUGGGUCGGUGGGCCUCGCACUGCGCUCUGAAGCUGACAUUGUAAUGUUGCUCUGCUGCGCUUCUCAGAAUGUAGAUGGAGCCCUCUGCUGGAAAAUCACUGCCCUGUGGACUCACUCUAGUUUUUUACCUUAGACGAAGCUUCUCCUGUUUUUGAAGGACACCAUAGGAAGUGUCAGAAACAGGGUUUGCUGAAUUUCAAAUGCUGAAAACAACAGCAACAUGACUAACUACAUCGGUGACCAUUAGACCCUGAGGACCCAGGAGAGAUGUCGAGCAUUCUUGUUCUGAAUCUGGUCAUCAAGCUUUUCUGGAAUGUUCCAUCUGAAUGCUUAAAGAGCAUGUGGAAGGGGAAGCCCGGACUCUGUCAGACUGCCCCAGAGUGUGUGGUCGGAGGUACUCGUGCAAUAUCCAUGAUGUGUGGACUGUGGGGGCGUGCAUGUGACGCCUGGCUCUGGCAGAGUGCCUGGGUCCUGGAAAGGGUGUGCAGAUUCUAAUUAGUUCUCUCAUACAACCAUUGCGCAUGUUCUUGGUCUCACAUGAGACUUAGGGACAUAUUUACAGAACGAACUUGGACGCAAGUGUACCGUGUGCCAAACACUACCCCUAAUUUUUACAGUACUUUCCUAUUAGAAUUUGUAUCUUGUAACUGCGGUUUCCUCUCCGACAGGUGGGUGGGGGGAAUGGAAACAUCUGAAUGCUAGGGCCCGCCCCUCUCGGCAUCCUCCCGAAAUCUUCUCCAGUUACGUCCAGCUAGCUUGUGCCCGGUACACACCGCAGCCUGCAGCCACUUAGGAGCCUGUAGAGUGUGGGCGCACUGCCUUGGUUCUGAUGACAGAUUUUCUGAAGCUGCAACUCUAAGGAACUUUUUGUUUACACUCCUGGUACAGCAUUUUACCAUCAUUGCUUACAUUUUUCUGUGGCCUUUGGUUGACACGGCUCCUUACUGAGAACUAUGGUGGUGAGAAGUGUCCGUAAGGAAAGACCUGGUAUGUAAAUGACGAUCGGAAACUUGUGGGUUGGACACUAGCCUGCCAAAGAGAUAAUGUCACAAUUCUAUCAAAAACUCAUUAUCCUUAAUUGGUAAUUUUAUUUUUAAAGUAUCAAUAACCCAUUUCCAUAGUCCUGGUUUUCAUGUGACCUUAAAAUAUAUGAAAGUGAUAUUUCUUGGAACAUGUGAUAUGAAGUCCUUUUCUUUUUCUUUUUUCUUUUUAUUUCUUUCUACUAAAAUAUAUAAAUUGUUCCUAUAUUUCUCUUGUCCUCCCUUCCCCCCCACCCCAGACAGGGUUUCUCUGUGUAGCCCUGGCUGUCCUGGAACUAACUCUGUAGACCGGGCUGGCCUCGAACUCAGAAAUCUGACUGCCUCUGCCUCCCAAGUGCUGGGAUUACAGGCGUGUGCCACCACUGCCCGGCACCUUUUUUUUUUUUAAGUUUACUCUUGGCGUGCCGUCCCAUCCUGCCCAGAUUCCUGUUGCGAGCACCGAGGUCGCUGUGCCCUGUCUCCCUGGUGGUUUGCAUGCCUUUCCCACCGUGCAUCCCAAGCUGUCCAGGCCAUCUGUGUGGUCAGCUCUUAGCGCCCCCAGUGCCGGGGUAAGGUGGGGACUUGGUUCCUCACAGUGGUGCCUGCCGUCCUGCUGUAAGCCAGGAUUUUUCUCUUCAAAUACAGACUCUUCAGUUUUGCACAAAAUAAAUUUGUUGGCAAAUAAAUUAGUUGCCACUUUUAAUGGCAUUGGCAGAAAAUUCAUUCCUUAUAGAACAUUGUAGCUUUAUUCAUAGCCACUAAAUGCAUGGUAACAAGGUGUGUGGUUCAUCUCUUUAAAAUAGCGUCUGGUGAUGGCUGCAGUUCCCUUAAUAUUUGUUAUUUUGUCUCCAUCGCCCCCCCUCCCCCGGAGCUGAGGACUGACCCCAGGCAAGCCCCUUCCUUAAUAUUUGUAACAGAAGUUUAUGUUUUCUGUUGUAUCAAUUUUUUUAUGGAAGCGUUUGUUCCUUUGCAUUACUCUGUUUUCUACCUAACUUUAAAAGGCCUAAAAUCAGCCUCAAGUAACAUUAAUUUACCAAUCUAUUCAGUUCUGAAACCUUCAAAGUUCACAUUAUUGGUUUCUUCUGUGGCUGUAAUGUUUACGAACUGUAAUAUGAAGUUCUAGGGGCGCCCCCUUGCCGAUGACUGCUGUCCAGGACUCCGGGCCACGGGCCACUGGAUAUUUGUGCUCUAGUUAACUUUUUUGGAGUAUUACUAGUGUUUAGUGUCAGGCACAUCGCUGUGGAAUAAUUGCCAUAUCUAAGCGUUCCUCAGGUUUCUUCCAGUCUCUGCCUACGAACGCAGUAGUAUAGAAAACAGCCCAUACACUGCGGCAGUUCAGACGAAAGCAGGUCUAACUGUUUCUUCUUGUCCACUCAAGGUGACGGUACACAUGGGGAUUUCAAAUUCCAACUAGCACUACCACAGAGAGGGUGAGGGGUGGGGGUGGGGGACCCGCGAGGUGGGGAAGGAGGGCUUCCCUGCUGAGUUUGGGAGUUUGGGCCGCUGCUCUUGAGUGUAGACAGGGCGGAGAACUCAGGGGUGUGGCCCCAGUGCCUGCCACUAGGGACUAGGGUCUUUCAGAGGAUUUAGGAUGAGUUGAGCAUAGAGCCUGACUUUGCACCCUGAGGUGCUCUUGUAAUCUGAGAUGUUGCCUGCCUUUGGAGGAUUCUGGCGCUCAGUGAGUGCCCUGGGAGAAGUUCUCUGACUGGCUGCAGGAGCCCACAAGGGGAGAGCUUUGGCCUCCACAGCCUUAGGUGAGCAGGUGGCUUUAGUCACACUAACAGUUACUACGAACAUGGUGUUGCUCUUAAGAGUUUCACAUAUAGAACUUAAAAAUCUGUCAUACAAAUGAAGUUACCUGCCCACAGGUCAACAAAACCCCAGCAGGGUCCGAGAUGCUCAGGCAGCCAGUGCCCCGGGCGCCUGAUGAUCCGGCCGCAGGAGUCUGUGUCGCUACCACUUUUCUGUUGUCUCUGGAAAUAUCUAUAGUAGGAUGUUGAUAAAUGGUAUUUUCAAAAUAAAAUCUUUGGGUCAAAGGAAAAACUUAACCCCUUCUAUAUUUUUGUUACUAAUAAAUAGUGCUUUUGUAAAUUUGAAUGGAAAACUACUUGUAUGUAUUCCUACUGAGUGGUACUUAACACCCUUGGGGUUAAUUUAAAAAUGUACUAUUUGAUUAAAAUUUCCACAAAGAUGAAUUCCAAUAACCAAAAUAAAUAAAUAAAUAAAACAUUUCAAAGCUGUAA